AUGGCAGCAGUCGGAGCUUACCUCAAUCACGUUUCCCGUGAAUCUUCAGACAUUAAACGCCUCGCCAAAUUUUACCAGGAGAUAUUUGGAUUUGAGCAAGUCGAGAGUCCUAAGUUGGCGUUUGAUGUGAUUUGGUUGAAAUUGGGUCCAUCUUUUUAUCUUCACCUGAUUGAAAGAGACCCAGAGACCAAGCUUCCAGAAGGUCCAUGGAGUGCCUCUUCGGCCGUGGCUGACCCCAAGGAUCUUCCUAGAGGUCAUCACAUCUGUUUCUCUGUCUCCAAUUUCGACUCUUUUGUUCAGACACUUAAGGAGAAGGGAAUUAAUGCACAUGAGACGACGCAACCAGAUGGGAAGACCAAGCAAGUAUUCUUUUUUGAUCCAGUUGGUAAUGGAUUAGAGGUUGCUGGCAGUGCUUCGGAACAGUGA